AUGGCUUCUGAAAAGUCCUCAGUUGCCAAGAAGGGGCCGCCUCUUUCGUACAUGGAGCAUCUAAGUCCCUCUGUAUCAUAUUACAGCCCACCAGGUGCUGCACCUCUCGACAGGAACAACAACUUCAACUCCAAUCCCAAUUCCAAUGAUCCAGAACUCGUUCUCGUCCUCAGCUGGAUGGGAGCCCGAGACGUCCACAUAGAAAAGUACAUUGCCCAGCACCGCAGUCUCUUCCCAUCAUCACGCAUCCUUCUCAUCCGCUCUCCCGCAUCCCACGUCUUCUGGCCAAGCCUCGCCCGCAAGCACAUCCCGCCGGCCAUCCGCAUCCUCAAGCAAUUUGCAGAGCCAGAGACGCCAAUCCCCAGCAACGGCGGCAAGCCCCGAGUCCUGUUGCAUAUCCUUUCCAACGGUGGCGUCAGCACGGCCGCCAGGAUCCGCGAGCUCCUGAGAAAGGAGUUGGGUAGAGACGCCGCCGGAAACAGGCUCGUCAUCCCUCGGUAUGCCCUCUGCCUCGACUCUUGCCCAGGCAACUUCGUGUGGGAGAGUACCCAUAGGGCUCUCCUCCAAUCUCUGCCUCGCUGGACUUCUCCUCUUGUACACUUGGUCAUUGCAGUUGCCUGGCUGAUAUACAAACUCCGUCUCACUCGGCCCGCUCAGAAUCUAAACUCUGAGGCCCUCAGGAGGAAAAGUCUGCUCCCAAGGGAGACGCAGAGAACCUACCUUUACGGCACAGCAGAUGCCGUCAUCAGCUGGCGCCACGUUGAGGACCAUGCGAAAAGGGCAGAAGACUCGGGCUUCAAGGUACGCAAGGAGAGGUUUGAGGGUGGAGAGCAUGUGUCACUUAUGAGGAAAGAUAGCCAGCGAUAUUGGCAAGCAGUCAAAGAGACUUGGGCAGUGGACGAGGUUGGAUUGGAAGCUGAAAAUGCUAGCUAG